AGCAGGGCAGGGCUGAUCACAUCUCAAACUUCAGAUAAAGAGCGCCUUUAAAUAUUAAAACACUAGUCCUCCUCAUGCUGCGGCUGACGCUUCUCAAGAAAUGAAAACAGGAAGACUUCAGGAUGGGAGCUGAGUUUUUUCAUCCAAGGAACAUUAUUUUUUAACGUCCAGGAUUUUACAGCUCAGAAAUCUGAAAUUUCCCCCUAACCUGCCAACGUUUUAAGAUAAUGGACCCUUCUUUAGCUCCUACAGCUCUGUACACCUUUACUCCCAUCCAGAACCUCUCGAUGCCCUCCUCCACUCCUCCCAGCUCUCCCUCACCCAGCUUUGCCUCCACAGCUCUAUUCUGCUGCCUCCUCUCGCUCCUCUCCCUGCUGGGCAUCACAGGAAACCUUUACACUUUGGUUCUCCUCCUGAGGCGCAGCAGAGGUAGGAGAAGACGUGGAGCGGGACCUGCCUGCUGCCUAACAGGAAUGCCCAUCCCCUCCUGCCUUGCAAACUCUGCCUCCCCCUUUUCCUCCCCCUCCUCCUCCUCCCCCGCCUCCUCCUCUCUUCACCUCCAGGUGCUGAGCCUCGCUCUCGCAGACCUGCUCUACCUUUUCACUGCUCCCUUCAUCGUGUACGACAGCUUGGCGUCCGGGUGGGCCUUUGGGGAGCUGGGCUGCCGCCUCCUUCUGAGCCUGGACCUCCUCACCAUGCACGCCUCCAUCUUCACCCUCACCGCCAUGAGUAUGGACCGUUACCGGGCUGUCGCCCACCCCCUGCGCACCACCUCCUCCAACUCCUCCAGCCUGCUGCGGGUGGGCCUGGCAUGGGGGCUGGCGGUGGCGCUCAGCUUGCCCAUGAUGAUCACCCUGCACCUAGAAGACGGGGAGAAUGGGGAGGGACAGCUGUGUGUCCCAGCAUGGGACGAGCAGAGCUCCAAGGCUUAUCUGAGCGUGCUUUUCUGCACCAGCAUCCUUGGUCCUGGGCUGGCCAUCGGAGGACUUUACGCCACUCUCGGCCGGCUUUACUGGGUGUCGCAGACCCGGCCAGCCUGGGCCAGCGGGAACAGCACGGCAUGCACUCCUCGAGCUCCCAAGCCCAAAGUCCUGCUUCUCAUCCUGGGUAUCGUCCUGGCCUUUUGGGCCUGUUUCCUCCCUUUCUGGAUAUGGCAGCUGCUUCCCCUCUACCAGCCUGACAUGCUUCGGACAUUACCGGUAGGGACGCAGGUGACGGUGAACCGCAUCCUCACAGGACUCACUUACGGAAACUCUUGUGUAAAUCCGUUCUUCUACACGUUACUGACUGGGAAACGGAAACUCAACAGGCAGGUGCUCGCAUCAGCAAAUCAGCUCUGCCGUAAAGGCAGCCCACUGCAGUAAUGUCUCAUCCUCUCCAACAGCAGAAACAAAAGUGUGAAGGUGCUCAAAAGAGUGCACUGAUGUACAUUUGUGAAAAGGUACCAGGAUACAUUUAGAAGUAGCUUACCAAAGAUCAGUGACUUAGCCUGCAAGCUGAGAAAUGAGAAUAUUGAAUAAAUGAUAGCACUCUGUAUGACAGCUUUAUGACAAGACAAUGUUUUCUUUUCAGUGAAUGAUAGUUAAUAUUGAGAUUUGCCAGCAGAACAUGAAAAUCUUUGUAAGACAUUUCAGAAAUGAUCAAAACUUUGAUGAUGCAGUGCCUUGAAAAAGUAACCUUUUGACAAACUUCAAUGUAUUUUAUAGGGAUGUUAUGUGAUAGAUCAACACAAAGUAGUGCUUAAUUGUGAUCUAGAGGGAAAGUGUGCAUUUUCCAGUUUCCUCUGAGUCAAUGCUUUGCAGAGCCACCUUUUGUUGCAAAAAUGGCUGCAAGCGUUUUAGGGUGUCUCUCUGCCAGCUUUACACAUCUAGAGAUUGAAAGCUUUAUUCCAUUAUCUGUGAAAUAGCUUAGGUGCAGUGAGACUGGAUGAUGAGCAUCUGUAAUCAAUCAUUUGCAUUUUAUUUUUGCAAAACAUUCUCAGUAAGAUUUAGAUCUCACACAUUCCGAGGCAUCAUUAUGCUCUGAUCUAAAUAUUUUUAAGUUUCAUUGUCCUGCUGGAAGGUAAACAUUCACCCCAAUCUCCAGUCUUCUGCAGCCUCUAACAGGCUUUUUCUGCCUGGCAUGCUCUGUAUUUAGCUCCAUCCAUA